UUACGUUGCCCAUAAGACUGUUCGCCCUCUAUCCAGGAAGGUCAUUGAGAGAAAAGAGGAUUCUGAGCAGUUCUUACACUUCAACAAACAAAAGAUGCUUGGACAAGCCGUUCGACGAUUCGCCACUUCUGCGGUCCGCUCCAGUCACUAUGCGGAGGGACCAGGAAAGAACUUGCCAUUCUCUGUAGAGAACAAGUGGAGGCUUCUUGGCAUGAUGGUGCUGUUCUUUGGCAGUGGAUUUGCCUUUCCAUUCAUUGUUGUUAGGCAUCAGAUCCUGAAGAAGUGAUGCUCCUACCAGUCAAACAUUGUCAGUGUGGUUCUUGUGCAACGCAGCUCUCAGUUUCUUCUGGUAUAGAUCCUGUAAUGUUUGUUGUAAAUAAAAUGACCAAAUAGA